GAGAGAGAGAGAGAGAGAGAGAGAAUAUGGCGGAUAGCGGAGCAGAAGAGAAGACGUUAGAGUUCACGCCGUCGUGGGUGGUGGCUCUAGUUUGCUUCAGUAUAGUUCUGAUUUCUCUUGCUGUCGAUAGAUUCCUGCUUUGCGCUGGCCAGCUUUUAAAGAAGUCCAGAUGGGAGCCGCUGUUCGGCGCCUUACGGAAGAUCAAAGAAGAGUUGAUGCUGCUGGGGUUCAUAUCGCUGCUCCUGGCGGUGUUCCAAACAAGAAUAGGGAAGAUUUGCAUAUCGGAGAGGCUUGCCAACGUGUGGCUUCCUUGCAAGAAGCUCGACUCGUCUUCCACCACAGCCCGUUUCACCAAUUUCUUUCGGUCCAGUGAAGCACGAGGGCGCCGCCUCCUUGCUGAGGCUGCUGCUUCAACUGAUUUCUGCAGUGAAAAGGGGAAGGUGCCAUUGCUGACUGCUGAAGCACUCCAUCACCUGGACAUCUUCAUAUUUGUUCUAGCUACCUUCCACGUGAUUCUGUGUGUGUGCAAAAUAAUGCUUGGAUAUUGGAAGAUACAUCGAUGGGAAAAAUUGGCAGACCCUGAUGUUGGGAACAAACAGUAUCACGAACUGCCCGACGAAUCACUUCAGAAGCAACCAGAAAACCGAGGUUGUCUGGCUUUAGGCAAUAAACCGAAAGCGCUUGGCUGGAUGUGUUCAUUUUUCAAGCAGUUUUAUCCUUCUGUGACUCGGUUCGAGUAUCAGGAGCUUCAUUUGAAUUUUAUGGCACGGCAUUUGGAUAAGCGGGGGGAAGCUUUUCACAGCUUUGUAACUGGUGCCGUGAAAAAAGAUUUUGAGAAAAUUGUUGGAAUUAGUUGGUACUUGUGGAUAUUCGCAGUGAUCUUUUUGCUCGUGAAUGUGGCCGGAUGGAAUGCGUUCUUUUGGAUAUCUUUCAUCCCCUUGACACUUUUGCUUGUUGCCGGCACCAUACUGGAGCAUAUGAUAACACGACUCGCAGAAGAUGUUGCCAAAAAGCAUCCUGAAAAUGCAACCCGCCCUGAUUGCAAUGUUGUCGAAUUUCAAAGUCACUAUUUCUGGUUCCGUAACUCUCAAUUCGUCCUCAACUUGAUUCACAUCGUGCUAUUCGGGAACUCCUUGGAGCUUUCUUUCUUCUUCUUUAUAUUGUUCCAAUAUGAUUUUCACUCCUGCAUUAUGGGAAAGGUUGGUUUUGUCGUCCCAAGAAUCGCAAUAGGAGUGUUCGUGCAGUUCAUGUGCAUCUACAGAACAUUACCAUUAUACGCAAUUGUGAAAUCGCAGAUCCCUCCUCCAAAGGAGAAGCAAUUGGACAAACAGAACAAAAGUUAUCUUCUGAAGGAGAACCAAUCGGAAGAAUGUAAAGAAGAGCGUCUUGCUGAUCUUGAUAAAAUUAAGAUAGGGUUGAAGGAGAAUGAAAUGGACGAAGAGGAAGAAAUGUGGAUCGUGACCAAAAUUUCGAAGUGGAUCGAUAAAAGAAAGAACUUAAACAAGGUCGCCGCAAAAAAUGGAUCGACCCAAACGGAUUUGAGAGAGGGAUCGGUUGGAGUUGAGACAACAGAAUCCGAUGACAGGAACUCAAGAGGAGACAUUGAAGCACAAGAAAGAUAA